AUGCAUCGUCCUUUCGACACAUACGAUGGCCUCGCCGUCGCCCAAAUCGUCCUCUACACCUUCUUCCUCGUCGGCGCCGUCAUUCUCUGCCUCAAGCACGGCUUCCUGAAAUCCGCCGGCUGGCGGUACCUGCUCGCGCUCGCGCUCGUGCGCAUCGUCGGCAGCGCGCUGCGCCUGGCCACCAUCUCCGCGCCGACCGACGAGAACCUGUACAUUGGCUGGCUGGUCCUCACCGGGCUCGGGCUCGGCCCGCUCAUCCUCAUGCUGCUCGGGCUGCUCUCGCGCACGUUCGAGUCGAUGCGCCGCAACGGCCACGACAUCGUCAAGCCCAUCUUCCACCGCGCCGUGCAGACCCUCAUGCUCGUCGCCAUGAUCCUCCUCAUCGUCGGCGGCUUCAGCGCCACGUUUACCAUCGGCGCCGGCGGCGCGCCGCAGGUGAGCUACGCCGUGACGAGCCGCGUCGGCAGCGGCCUCAUGAUUGUCGUCUUCGUGCUGCUCUGCCUCGAGACCCUGCUCGCCGUCGUCAACCAGGGCUACGUCGCGCAGGGGGAGCACCGCGUCGUUUUCGCCGUCAUCGCCUGCUUGCCCUUUGUGCUGGUGCGCCUCGUGUACAGCGAGUUGCUCGUCUUUGCGCACGUCCGCUCGACGGCGUGGCUUAUGCUGGCCAUGGAGGUCGCCAUGGAGGUCAUCGUCGUGCUCAUCUGCGAGAUACUGGGCUUUGCGCUGGCGAGAGCACCGCCAGAGGAGAGGAAGCCGGCCGACGUCGAGGCGCAGUCGAUGCCUGCACAUGGCAACUUGCACUCGCAGAACGGGUAUCCGAUGGCCCAGUAUCCUGCGGAGUCUGUGCCGCGCAAGACUCGUCGCGAGCGGAAGCGCGAGCGUCGCCAACGUCGAUAG